AUUGGCCAUUCCCCUAGCUGACUGGCAAACGUGCUCCCCUCUCUUUUCAUUAUUCAUUAUCAAUUGGAUGUAAAAAAUAGCAAAAGAAAACAAAGACGCAAGAUGAGCGAUCUGGAGGACAUGGACAGCGAGCGCUUGAAUGAGCUGGAGUCCAUUCUGUACGCGUCCAUCCAUUACAGCGAUGAAACGGGUGCUGGUGCUGGUGAAAUCACACCUUCUGCGGCCGAUCAGCGAGCAGCCGUGGAUGCCCAGCACAUGCCACCACCGCCACAGUCCCAGCGCAUUGUCACCGAGAAGCGUGUCAUCAAUAAUGCAGUGGCCAAACCACGCUACUGGGCGGAGGAUAAGACAAAAACUCCAAAUGUAUCCGCAGCUGCCGAAGUCCCCUCCAGUUCCAUUUCAACUGCAACGCCCCAGGCGGCAGACAAGCCAAAUGGCAAGCGCCCAUCACUGCCAAACCGCAAGGAGACGCCAGCACAGCCGAAGCAACCGCAGCAGCAAAAGGACAAACCGAAGCAGCAGCAACCAAAGCAGAAGGAGCAACCAUCACCAAAGCCACAGCCCAGAGCGGAACAGCGAGACACCAAAUGGAAGAGCUCGCCAAAGCCACAAGCAAAAGCAGAACAAAAGCCACAAGCGCCACAGAAACCUCAACCAAAACCACAGCAACAGGCGGAUGAUGAACCCGAACGCUUUGACCAAAAACUGCUCGUGGCCAUACCCUCCAACUGGCCGCCCAAGAAGCAAAAGGCCAAGCAGCAGCAGCAGGUCAAACCCGAACCGGGACCCUUCAGCAAGGCCAAUCGCAAGCUGCUGCAAAUGGAGCGUCUGGCGGCGAAGAAGCAAAAGUCCAAGCAGGCGCUGGCCAACAAGAAGCAGCGCAAGCCCACGGAGCCCGUGGCAUUUGUGGACUUGGGCGAAACAUCCAACGAGGAGGAGGACGAUGAUGAUGUGAUACUCGUGCCACUGCCACCGGUGCCGGUGAUCGAUCUGGACACCAGCGACACGGAGCAGAACAGCAUAGCGGAUCAGUAUCACGAGGAGAAUGCCAUGGAUGCGGCCGAUGUGGAGUUGAGCAUCUCCUGCAUCACCCAACCGGAGGCGGGAGCUGCGCUGAUGACGCCGCCGCUGUACUCGCCCUGCAACUCGGUCAUGUCCACCGAUGAUUUUAUUGUGCAGAAGGACACGAGUCGCCUGCUGGAAGACCGCGCUCGAGCCACAGACGAGGAUCUGCUGGUGCUGACGGAGAAUGCCAUCAGAGAGGCUGCCGGCCAGCAGGAUGUCGACAUGGAGCAGCAGCAGGAGCAGCCAGAGGCAGAUGUCGACGUUGAUGUGGAGGCCCCUCCGCAGGCUGAUCAAGCGGCUGAAACCUCCUCCGAGUACGAGUUUGUGCCGCCCUCGCGGCUGGAGGAGAUCAAGCAGAAUUAUCGCGUGGAUGAUCAUCAGCAGUUCCGGGCGCUGGAUGUCUACGAAAGCGAAUCGGAUCUCACCGAGAGCGGCAUCUACUCGAAGGCCAAGGCAAAGGCCACGCCCACCAUCAUACGCAGCGUGGAGUCGCCCUCGGAUAGCUCCGAUGUGGAGGAGGUCAUCGAGCCGAAUGUGAACAAAAUGAAGCGUCUGCGCAAGCGUCGCUCCUCGAGCACAAACCAAAGCCAGUCGGAGCCCAACAAUGACGAGGAUGAGGACGACACGGACAGCGAGGAUGGUGUGCAGCCGACAGGAGUGCCCGGCAUUGCCCGCGGCAUGGCUGUGGAGCGUUGCAAGCGCAAGAUACGACGCGUCAGCGCGCGCCGCAACUCGGAGGAAAUACAGAGGAGAGCUAAUCUUAAGGCCAUACAAGAGUCUAGCUCGAAUUCCGCCUCGGAGGAUGAGCUGCCCAGUGCGCGUGCAAUUGCCGAGCGUCUGCUGCAGCAGGAGCAGGCCAAGGAGCGGGCAGAGAGACAGGCUGAGGUGCAGCAGCUGCGCGAGGCACAGGCGGAUGAGCAGCUGGAAACUCUGUCCGUUGGCAGCGAUGCAGACUCCCAAAAUGAGGCAGAGUUCAACAAUGCCGUCAACGAUCGCGUGCUGGCCAUCUUCGAGCGCGUUGAUGCUGGCACAGCCCCUCAAGCGGAGGAGGCAGACACCACCAUGCCAGCGGAGGAGCAGCAGCACGAAGAGGAGGAGCAGCAGCAGCAGCAGCAAGACGAAGAGGAGCAGGAGCUGGAGUUUGAGAUCGACAUAGGAGAAACGAUUAAAGUGGAGCACAACAUCGCGCAGCUGACAGACGAGCCUGCGCUGACGGGCGGGCAGCUGGUUGGCUGGAAUGAGGAGAUGUGUUGCUUCUACAACGACAGCUGGCAGGGCGAGCACUUCAAUGUGCACAGGAUCCAGAGAGCGAUGAGUGCACGUCGCCAGGAGUGGCGAAUCCUCAACGAGGAUCGCUACCCCGUGGUGCGUCAUCGCUCGCGCGCCAAGUGCACCAAUUGCGCCGAAAUGGGUCACAUGCGCUCCAAGUGUCCGCGGCCACGCAAGCCGCUCGUCUGUCACAUGUGCGGCCAGGCGGGACAUGCCGAGCCACGCUGCCCCAAUGCCAUUUGUUUGGGUUGCGGCGCCAAGCAGGCGAUCUAUGUGCAGCAGUGCAACAAGUGCUCCUUCCACAGCCGCCUCAUCUGUCAGCUGUGCAAGAUGCGUGGCCAUGGCAUGGACCAUUGCCCGGACAAGUGGCGGCGCUAUCACUCAACGAUCCGCUCGAAUGUGCCGCUGCAGAGCCAUGUCAAGUACAACGCAAAGAUGUGCAGCUAUUGCGCGGGACGUGGCCAUCUCUUUGAGAACUGCCGCCAGCGCAUUGGCGAGUUUCGCAAUCAAACCUACACCUCGCACAUUGUGUCGCACCAGAAGACCUACAAGGAUCGCAGCGGAGAUCUCGGCUAUUUGGGUGAUCUGACAUCGUUCUUUGCCAACGAAACGCCCUUUAGCUUUGUGUGGAGCGAUCCGAAUAUACCCAAGAACAGCUACUAUGCGAGGUUCCUCACUCAAGCCAAUCUCGCCAGGCCACAGAGCACCAAACGCAAGGCUACAGCCACUGCCAACACGGAAGAGGUUCAGGCUAAAGUUUAUACACAUGAUUAUGUGCCCAAUGCACAGGCGAAGGCAGCUCGUGGAACACAGCAAAUAGUUGCCGCUGUGGAAACUGUGACACAGGAGAAGGAGCCUGCAGCAGAGGAGGUGCCAGAGCCAGAGCCAGAGCGGGCCACGGAGCCAGAGCGAGUGCCCGAACCGAAGCAGGUUCCCGAAUCGAAACAGGUUCCACAACCUGAGCGUGUACCCGAACCGCAGCCAGUUCCCGAACCGCAGCAAGUUCCUGAACCGCAGCAAGUUCCCGAACCGCAGCCAGUGGUGGCCCCAGAGCCGGAGGAGGCGCCAAAUGAAGACGAGCAAACCAUGGAAGAAGCGCAACCAGUUGCAAUACAGCGCGAGGAGAUCUCCACCAGUUUCGACUCACAGCCAGAGGAAGCUGCCAAACCGAUGGCCAGCACCAGCCGACACUCUGUGGGCGCCCAUGAGCUGGACUCGGACUCGAAUUACAGCUUCUCCGAGCACUUUGAGCUGCCCACGUCGACGACGAGCGAGGAGCAGGACAUGCCCAUAGAGAAGACGCGCAAAAAUACCCGACCAAUGGGACCAAUGCCCGAUAUUAUACCCCUGUCUGGAGGAGGCAAUGACGAUGAGUUCAACAUCUCCUCCAACAGCCAAGGCAUCUCGAUGUGUGUCAACAGCCGGCACAUGGAGCGGUUGGGUGACAGUGGGGAGGACACUGAGCUGCAGGAUGUGCCCUGCGAGGGCAAGAUUAUAAUGGCGCGCGAUCUGUCCGAGUACUUGUUCAGUCCAGAGGGCUGGAAGUUCCUUGAGGCGACCUCCAAGCAAUGCCAGGUGACUGUGCGCAUGGAUCUGAUGACCUAUGGCUAUGUUCUGGUCAUCUACGGCCUGAAGGAGCAUCAGGAGGAUCUACAGCUGAAGCUGCUGCAUCGCCAUCAGGAGGUGAAGCGCAAGAGCGUUGAGUUCCAGUCCCAAAAGCCACCGAAACGCGUCGAUGUGCUCAUUCGCUUCCUCAGGGACGGCAUCAUCAGCCUCAACAGUCACCUGGGCAAUGCCAAGGCCCUGUACAGAACCAUCAAGCAGCAGGAGAAUUUGAACACCAAGAACGGCUUCAAGUGUGCGGAGAAGAAGCGGCGCCAACUCAACAUGAUUCUGGUGGGGCAGGCGGGCUUGCUGAAUGGCGGCACGCACUUGGACCAGCUGCUGGUGCUUCUGCAGACGCUACUCAAAGAUUUCUCGCCCGACGACAACGCCUCGCCGGCACUGCGCACCGAAAUCGAAGACCAUUGGCGCAUGAUCUUCACCGCUUAUCCGCAUCCCAAGUACGAGGAGCUGCUGGAGACUUAUGUCCAUUUGGAGAAGAAGAAUCGUCUGCACACGUUGAACAUUGAUCCGGCGCUCUUGGGACUGCCGCCGCUGCAGCUGGGUAGGGGCCAGCAGCAGGCGCCACAGACAAGCAACAAGCGGGCUGCCUCGCCGACUCCACUGCCACCAGCCUGGCAGCAUAUGGCACCGCCACCGCCGCCCAAGCAGCAGACGAAGCAACAGCAGCAGCAACAGCGUGCAGGCGGAGCAGGACAGGCACAAAAGCAGCAGCGUGCAGGCGCGGCACAGACCCAACAGCAGCAAAGGCAGGCAGCAGGAAGAUCCCCACAACAGCAGCAGCGUCCAGGAGCAGGGCAGCCCCAAAAGCAGCAACGUACAGCUGCAGGGCAGCCACAGCAACGUCCAGGAGCAGGCCAACAGCAGCAACAACCCAAACGUGGCCAGGCCAUACAGAUGCCCUUCAACAAUCCCCAGCAACGUGCGCGGGCCGAUCUACAGCUGCGCAAUCCCGAGCAUCCAUUCGCGCGACUCCUUGGCGAGGUGAAGCCCAACGCGCGCGUCUUGGAUGCCAACAAGCCGUCGGUCUUUUGGUCGCGCGAGUCGCUGCGGUACAUCGAUGAGCUGUUCAAGAUAACGACCCGCCCGGACAUGCUGGAGCGACUGAAGCGCGUGCUGCAGCGAUCGCAGCAGGGCGAGCUGUCGCACAACGACUACCGCUCUGUGAUCGAACUGCAUUUGCUGUUGGUGAAUCAAUGAGUGCUGAGACUCAUUGUGGGGGGAUCUUUGAUAAGGGGAAGUGGAUGGGUAUCGCAUCUGCAAGAUAUAAUUACCCAGCGAGCAGAAUUAACCGAAUGAAUAAAUAAUUGACUAACUGAUAA